AUGAAAGGCAAUAUGUUCUGUGCGUCGCAAGCAGCCACGGCUACGGCUAACCACGACGAACGGAUCGUCCCGGCACGAGCCAUCGACCGUCACAAUCCUAUUAUUAAAGAUGGUCGGAGAUCUUUCACGGUACCGUGCUCUUCCGGCGACGACUACGUUGCUCCGUACCGUCAGCUUUCAAAAGUUACGAGAAUACCCUCAUCCUCCUCCUCUGCUUCAUCCGGCGACGGGAAGAUGAUUCAGGUGGAAAAGGCAAGGAAGAGCACUUCAGGGUCGCUGUUGAAGUUGAUCAACAGUGAUAAUAUUAGCUUAGCGAGGAAGAGUUUUGGCUGUGUUGCGAGUCCGGCGUGUGACGUUACCAAUACUCCUCCUGGUUCUACUAGGUAUCUUCUGGGAUCCGGACGGGUUUCUUUAUCUACGGGUGAAGAUACGGUUGUAACGGAGGAGGGUGAAGCUUCUGUGGCAAGAAUAAGCUCUGGUGCCGCCGCCGCCGUGGAAGAGAAAAAGAAGACGUCUUCUGGUUCAGACCAGGUGGUUGUUCUUAGAGUGUCUCUUCACUGCCACUGCAGAGGCUGUCAAGGCAAAGUGAAGAAACAUCUAUCCAGAAUGCAAGGUGUGACAUCCUUCAGCAUAGAUUUUGCAUCAAAGAAGGUAACUGUGACUGGAGACAUCACUCCCUUGGAAGUAUUGGGUUGCCUCUCAAAGGUAAAAAAUGCCCAGUUCUGGACUCCACCUCCUCUACCUCCAUCAUCACUCCCAAGGGCAAAUCCGGAAAACUAA